UGAAUAACUUUGGGUGAAAUGAGCGAGUGCGGCUCUGAUCGGGCAGGAAUGGUGCUGGCGGGACGGAGAUCAUCUCAGAGAGCUUCAGGACAAUUCAGUGAGACGAUAAGCGAUCAGGCUGCAUCAGCUGGGGCCGAUCACACUGGGGAGUGAUGGACAAGGAAGGGAGCCUUCAGUGUCAGCCGCUGUCGCUGAAAUUUACCAUCGACAGCAUUCUGAAACCCAGCCCCAAAUGCAAAGAACUCAAACACGACCGUGCAAAACAGCAAGUCACAUCGACGUCAGAAUUAAAAUCCCGGAAUGAAGCCACAAGAGCAGACAUGAGACACGCGAAGGACUACAGGAAAACAGUUCAAGAGACAAUGAACGCUGGCUAUCUCACCACCACCUCUUCACUCGAAUCCGCCAUGGAUGCAAACCAUCCGGUAAGAAGCCCGGAAUCUUACGGAUCAUUAGACACGACGGAUCACAGCGACGAUCCUGCCCGAGCCAAACACAGCAAAAAAGCCAAAGUACUGGCAAAAAAGAAGACGCGCACGAUAUUUUCCAAGAGUCAGAUCUUCCAGCUCGAGUCGACGUUUGACAUGAAGAGGUAUCUGAGCAGCGCCGAGCGGGCGUGCCUGGCGAACUCUCUGCAACUCACCGAAACCCAGGUUAAAAUCUGGUUCCAGAACCGCAGAAAUAAACUGAAGAGGCAGCUCUCCGCCGAACUGGAGGUCACAAACACGACCGAAAAUGCCCCUAAGAUAGUCCAGAUGCCAGCAAUGUACAAAGAGAGCAGUUUUCUGCGCAGAUGUUUGUUACCAGUAUCUUUCCCCGUCCUCUACCCGGGGAGCAGCACGCCUUAUCUCUGCUUUCCCGAUGCCAGCAAAUAUCUCCAUGUCCUGGAUGGGGAUCUAUAAUCGCUUAAAGCAGUGCCUGACUGUAUCCAAGGAACUUUUAGUGGUCGUUUAGUCAUUGUUUAUACUGUUUAACUGGGAAAACAUAUAUGGUAUGUAAUUUGUUAAAAACCUCCUUUUGACCCUCCAUUGCCUUUUCCCUGUUUGACUUUAUUUCUAUAUCCUACACCCGUCUUUUAAAUGUACAUGUACCUGAUUUUGCUUCAAGGCUUUCCAAUUCUGGAUGAGGAUUUAUAUUUCAGUAAGACAGUUAUGUUUUUUUAACCACUGAAUGAAUUCAGUCACUGCACAGUGUUUUGUUGGACACGUGAUUUGCUUAAAACAGAAUAUCCAGUUUAAGUGCAAUCUUUAUUUGUAUUCUUGACCCUUCAUUUUUACGUACGUGGGGGUACUUACGGUGGAGCUGACGGAUUAAUAGUUCGCAUACCUUUUAAGAUUUUAAUUCAAAUUCACUGUUUCCACUAUUGUCUAGGAUUGUUCACCCACAGUGAUAUUUGUACCCGAUAUGGUUGGUACAUAAAGACCGUACUACUGACUCUUUAAAAAGUUCUAUCUAGAAUAUGCCAAGAAUAAGGCAAUCGCACGAUCUGAAUUUGAUGCUCCAUCUGAAAUAAAUUUACGGCCUCUCGCGAUCUUUUCGUCCUCCUCAUCUCUUAAUCUCGCACCUUUCUGCCCAUCUGCAUUUCUCUCCAAAUCGAUUUUAUCUCUUUCAUCGCGCUUUCCACGUCACACAUGUUAUUUGUUGUAUUUUUUAAACGUUGACUUAAAAAAGGACCACAAAUGACAGACUACACUUAAUCGGCAGUGUGGCUGACCGUAGCUUCAUCCCGAAUGUGUGCGUCGUCGUCCCCCUCCCCCUCUCAAAUUCGAUGUAAAGGAGAAUUAGACGACCAGCUAUUUCCCCUGUUAAAAAGCACACCCAACUUGCAAUGUGCGAAAUUCCAAAGGAAGACCCCUUUAAAAAGCUCCUUCCUCGGACCAGGGCGUUUGUUUUGUCUGCAUUUAUCGCUCUCGAUUUAUUUCCAGCCUGGUAUUUAUCCAGCUUUCGCUGUGUGGAGUCCAUUAGAUCAGUGAUAAUCCGAUUUCUUUACUGGGAAUGUUUGUAAAUACCCGUGCACCAUCUGUUUCAGUGAUAAAACCUGAAUAGCACAUCAUAUUUAUACAUCUUUAUAUGUUACUGGUUUGUUAUUAAAUGUGAACAUUAAAAUUACAAUGCAGUCUAGUGCUCAGAUGCCUGCACGUUCGGCAUUACUAAUAUGCGGCCCCACAGUUGAAUUUAAAGGGAUUAUUCCACAUUACGUCUCUCAGGCAAUGGCGUUAAAAUUCCACACUGGAAUUUAUUCACGCUUCAUGUACCCCCGGUUGGGAUUCCCAACUUCAUUAAUACAGUGUUUGUUGCUAAAUUGAAGAUGAAAUUGCUAUCGGCUCAGGAAUAAAAUAACCCAUAGAUAUAAAGUAGACCAUUAAUUGUUUGACAUCUACACCGAAACUCGAUUUUAAUAAAGUAGGUCAGUUUUCUGACAGUUAUGUGACGGGAGUGUAUCAAUACCAAGCAGGCGAGAUGGGUGGUGCACGGAAUCCAUUUUACAAGCGUGGUACAGAAUACGUUUAAUAUUAAUGUCGUAAAUUGGAAUUUACACCAGUUUACACAAGACCUGGCGUGUUAGAUUACGUGUGCCCAGAGUUUACCCAGACUAGUGCAUGAUUACAGUUUACAAUCAUUGUAGUAAACAUGCUUUUUCAGAACGCUUCUUAAAACCCGUCAGUUAACUCCGGAAUAGAAUUUACGUCUGGGGGCGAAGUGGAUUUGAUGGACAAGGAUGCACUUGUUACACUUUCACUGAUAAACAGUAGCUUCUUGACAAGUACUAGGUGAAUACAGGUUAGAUGAAUUGUUAGAUGCAUUCGUAUUGCUAUUUUUUAAAUUUAAAAACGGUGUGCACCCAGCUGUUUCGUGUAAUGCACGAGAUUAAUGUGUGUUUCCAUUUUAACUCGUUCAGCCAGAAAGCCUGCUAGUAAGAAUCGCACUGCAAAUUUAGUAGGCACGUUUAGUUAUCUUGAAGCCUGAGUGGGAAUGUUUGCGAGCACUGUAGACAGACCGUUCAGUAGUUGCAUCUAUUUCCUUAUGUUUCCGGCCUUGUGUUCUCUGUUUCUUUUUAAAAAAAGACAACUUGGAUACGGCUAGGCUGCAGACAUGGGUCUUAUGUACCACUCCCGCUAACCUGUUUUGUUUUUGAUACCUGCUCACUUCAGUGACCCGGAUAUUUAUCGUGGCCACUUUCUAAUACUGUCAUUCUGUCAAGCCGUUUCUUACCCAAUGGAGAGACAACUAUUCAUAGCCAACUUUUGAGGGCCUUUCAACAAAAUGGCGAUGCCUUGGUUGAUGUAAAUGUGUGUACAAUGAGACAUUUUUCAAAUGUAAAUAAAUCAGAGGCCAGGAGUAUUAAUGGCUACAAGCUCUGACCAAACGUUCACAAUGUCCUGUUUGCAAUCAGCUUUGGCACCAGUUAUAUACUUCGUUAAGUAACUUUGAGUAAGGGCACAUUUUAUCACUUUGGACAAAAAAAUAAGCAUUUCUCUAGGGUGAAGUACAACGCAUGGAUAUGGUGGCCCAAUAACGCUGAAAGGCAACCCAGAUGACAGAAUUUGCAAUGCACUUGGCUGUUUCUAUCGCUAUGUCUGAACUUGGCUUUACAAGAAAGCCACUUAUAUUUAGGGUUUACAUAUUGAAACAUUCACGCUUCUACUGAGCUCAAUCUUGUUAUUGUUUAAAAUUAUCUGAUUAAAUUAUGUGUUAGGUUCAGGAAUACUCGGCAUGUAUGUGUACGUAUUUCAGAGAUAGCUGACCCAUUUGAUGUACAGUACCGUUACUAUUUUGAUAUUAAAGGAUCCUUAACGUUU